UGAAGAGGGGUCAUCGCCCUGCGGGCCCGCUACGAAACAGCGCCAGUCCUGAGCCUCCGCCAGGACCUGCCCUGCUCGGCCGCCGGCAAAGAUGCAGAUAAAAAUAACCUCAGCCCUUGCGGGAGGCUCCCCUGACACCAGCAGAGAAAUGCAAAGUUCCAAUGGCCCUGUAAAGAAGUCCAUGCGUGAGAAGGCUGUUGAAAGGAGGAAUAUUAAUAAAGAGCACAAUAGCAACUUCAAAGCUGGAUAUAUUCCAAUUGAUGAAGAUCGUCUCCAUAAAACAGGAUUGAGAGGGAGAAAGGGCAACUUAGCCAUCUGCGUGAUUAUCCUCUUGUUUAUCUUGGCUGUCAUCAAUUUAAUUAUAACUCUUAUUAUCUGGGCUGUGAUUCGAAUUGGACCAAAUGGCUGUGACAGCAUGGAGUUUCAUGAAAGUGGUCUGCUUCGAUUUAAGCAAGUGUCUGACAUGGGAGUUAUUCAUCCUCUUUAUAAGAGCACAGUAGGAGGAAGGCGAAAUGAAAACUUGGUCAUCACUGGCAACAACCAGCCUAUUGUUUUUCAGCAAGGGACAACAAAACUCAGUAUAGAAAAGAACAAAACUUCUAUUACGAGUGACAUUGGUAUGCAGUUUUUCGACCCAAGGACUCAAAAUGUCUUAUUCAGUACAGACUAUGAAACUCAUGAGUUUCAUUUGCCAAGUGGAGUGAAAAGCUUGAAUGUUCAAAAAGCAUCUACUGAAAGGAUUACCAGCAAUGCUACCAGUGAUUUAAAUAUAAAAGUUGAUGGGCGUGCUAUUGUGCGUGGAAAUGAAGGAGUAUUCAUUAUGGGAAAAACCAUUGAAUUUCACAUGGGUGGUAAUAUGGAGUUAAAAGCUGAAAACAGCAUCAUCCUCAAUGGGACUGUGACGGUCAGCACGACUCGCCUGCCCAGCUCCUCCAGUGGAGACCAGUUGGGUGGUGGGGACUGGGUGCGCUACAAGCUCUGCAUGUGUGCUGAUGGGACUCUCUUCAAAGUGCAAGUGACCAGCCAGAACAUGGGCUGCCAAACCUCAGACAAUCCAUGUGGAAACACGCAUUAGAGUGCCAGAGGUCAUCCAUGUUUGUAUCUUGACCUUCGUUUUUAGAGUAUACAUGCACAUCAUGUUUUUACAGAGUUUGUGAUAACUCACUGGAAUUAUUUUAACUGGGAGCACUAAUGUAUCUAUUAUGUAGUCUCCCUAUUUAAAAUAUUCUUGAGACCCUAAAUUCUAAUAUAUUUUAUUGAGUUGCACUGUUUCAAGUGACAGUGCUCUAAAUAAUUAUAAGAAGUUAAUAAAAUUAAUCUUUAAAGAAGUGUUUUUAAAGUUCCACUAUUCCUUGUCUAAAGGAUUUUAAAGGGCUGAAGCAAUUUCUUAGACUCUCUAUAAGUAGGCUUUGGGCCUGAUAGUCCCACCAGAAGCUCGACAUCUAUUUUUCUUUUUCUUUUUAAAUUAGUACAUGUUUGCAGUACAUAGUUUUUCAUGCUCUUUUUUUUGGCUUCUAAUAGGAAAGACACAGAUUUUUAGUGCACAGACCUUGAGCCAUGUUCUCACAUGCAUGUGAAGGAAUUAAAGAAGUGUACAUAUGUGAGACAAUAAGAAACCAUGGUUCCUUAAUUUUGCACUAAGAAAAUACUCUGUAAUAGAGUGUUUUUUUAAACAGUGAUAAAUAUUAAAUGUUCAUAAUGUCAUGAAAAUUAAAACUAUCUCAGCUUUAACUUUUAAGUAAUAAUGAUAGCUGUCAUUUAUUGAGUAUCUUGUACUUCCUUGCCAUUGUCCUAGGCAUUGCAUGUUUAAUAUCUAACUCUCACAUCAACUCUGUAAGUAGGUGUUCUUAUUUUUAACCAGUAAGAAAUUACAGAUCAAAGAAACUAAGAAACCUGCCUAACAUCACGUAGUAAACAACAGAGCUGGGAUUGGAAUUCAAGUGUCAUUUAAAUCUACAUGUACCUGAUGCCAAAUACCAUCUUCUUUUUAAUAUCUGCACUUAAUUUUCAAUCAUGUAAAACUCUAGAAAGAUGAAAAAAAGAUGAAUUAAAGCUUACCUAACCUAAACAGGUAUACCACUCUAGUUAAAAGACAAAUAAAUUUCAUGUCACCAAAAAAAAAGACCAAUAACUGUCAGAUUUAACUAUCUUAAGCCAAUUUCAAAAUAUUAUUAUAUAGAGAGGACUAAUUUGACCUUCCGUGAGUUGCACCAACUUUCCAGCUUGGCACACCAGAGUGUCUGGGCUACAGAGAUUCCCAGGGUUCCUACUUCCCACCUCAGGGCAGCGCAGGGAAGUUAGGCAGGCCAUGGGGCCUGCUCCAGAAGUGGCCUCACAAGGUACUGUGCCCUGAAAAGAAGUCAGGAUGCACUGGACUGAGUGCUAAUGCAGGAGGAAAGAUGAGCAAUUUUAAAUAAAUAGAAAAAUUUAUUUUUGCUUCUCAUGUCACUCUGUAGAAUCAUUUAACACAGACACAGCAUAAAUGACAGGGACCUCAAAAUAGAAUGCCAUAAAACAGGCAGGAAGUGUCAUAGGCCCCACCUACACUGAAGUAUAACCAUAUUCUAUUAAUACAAUACAAUCAAUAAAAAAAAAAUUGGUAUUCAAUAUAGCUGAUUCUUUCUGACAGAAAAACCAAAUACCUUAGAGACUAUGAAGUCAAUAGAUUAUACUAAAAUAAGAUUUGUUUUAUUAUCUAACACUGAGUGCAGCUUUUAAGUGAAAAGAGAAUGAGAUGUGUUAUUAAUUGUAGUGAUAUUUGAGCUUAUUUGAAUAUAUUCAAUAUCACUUAAUAUCUGAAACCUACACAGAAAAAUCAUUGGAAUUUUGCGUAUAUGCUCAGUAUAUUUUAAAUUUUUACGUUCAUUACUUGUCUGCUGUAGGUUUUGAUUCUUUAAAUAUUUUUACUAAAACCACAGAACACUAUCAAAGUAUUAUUGAAUCUAAUUCAUAAACUAAUCUAUUUUGACUUCUGCUUGAGAAGUACUUGUGUUUUUGACACAUCUCCAUUAAGUGCUUUUGACAUGAGAAGACAUUUUGGUGUUUUUAUAGAACUGACUAUUAAGUAUAGCACUUUGGUACACUUUGUAAGUGGUCCAUGGUUUUUCACUCAAAAGUAGACCUCGAAAAUGUACUGGGAAACAAAACAAGAACAAGCCAAGCAUUUUACCUGUGACCUAUCUUCAUUUACAGUAAAGUUGCAGCUACCCAAACUCACCACCAGAUGGUAUUUUUUUGUAAGCAGAAAAAUUUAUCUCUUCCUGCUGUAUGUUCACUCUGCAUUGAGCAGCAGCCUUGGGGAUGUGGCUGACAAAUACAAGACCUUACUUAAAUGAUAAGAAUGUUCUAGAGGUACAGGUACCUUGCAAUGAUAAGGGGGACAAAAGAAAGAAAUACAAAAAAGUUUAGACUCUAAUGGGCUGAAGGGGAAAAUGCAAAACCACACAAACAGGGACUGCCUAUAAAUAGUCUGUAGUAUUUUAAAAUGUGUAUUUGUAUUUUUGCAUUGUAAAAAAAAUGCAUUUUGUGUGGCAGU